AGAGUACACAAAAAUGGUAGAAAAGGUUUGGUCUUUGCUUAAGCUUUUAAUGUUCCAAGGUCUUUUCACUUCACCUCCUCAAGAUCCAGGCUUUGAUUUCUUCUACCUUGCUCUUCAGUGGCCAGGUGCCUAUUGUGAUACAAAGCGUGCUUGUUGCUAUCCAACAACAGGUAAACCUGAGGCAGAUUUUGGCAUCCACGGUUUGUGGCCUAAUUACAACAACGGUUCGUAUCCAUCAAACUGCGAUCCCAGCAAUGAAUUUGAUCCAUCUGAGAUAUCGGAUCUGGUAAGUACUUUGCAAACGAAGUGGCCAACGCUAUCUUGUCCGAGCAACGAAGGUUACAAGUUUUGGGAACACGAGUGGGAAAAACAUGGUACGUCACUACAAAAAAACACGCAGAUUCUGAGGGAAAUACCGAGGGAAAAUGAGUUUCUCGAAAAUUUCUGA